AUGAAGGAGGACAAAAUGGCAAGUGUCAUACAGAUCAAAGAUAUGGAAUCAAAAGUUUUCCAGGCCUUGCUUAGCUUUAUUUACACCGACUCACUGCCCGAAAUGGAGAUGAACACAAUAGAGGAAGGAAAAGCCCAAGAAACAUUGUGGCUGCAACAUUUGCUCGCAGCGGCGGAUACAUAUGAUCUCCAAAGGCUGAAAGCACUAUGUGAAGAGAGGUUGUGUGAACAUAUAGACGUGAGCUCUAUGACAACUAUUCUUACUCAAGCCGAGCAGCUCAAUUGUUGUGGAAUGAAAGGGGUAUGCUUUGAGUUCUCUCAAAACUACCACUGA